AUGGCGGACCGAAUAACUCACUGUCCACCCUAUUCCUACCUAGAAAUCCUCCCUAUUGUUGGAAUGGGAGGCAUUGCUUUGCUCAAAGCAAAAGUAGGUGGAGAUGGAAGGGAUUCGUUGAAUGGAAACGAGGCAAAGAAACUUGAAAUUCACAAAAUCUUGUUGAGGAGGAGGUAUCUCGUAGUGAUAGACGACAUUUGGAGUGCGGAAGCUUUACAGCACAUAAGGUGGCUAUUUCCGAACAAACGUAAUAGAAGCCGGAUCAUAUUAACCACAAGGCUAAUGGAUGUGGCAACUUAUACUGCCAUUUCGUUGAACAUUCAUAUGAUGCGUUUCUUAGAUGACGAACAAAGUUGGCGUUUGUUCCAGCACAAGGUUUUUGGAGAUCAAGAUUGUCCUCAUGAGCUACAAAGUGUUGGGGAAAAAAUUGUAAAAGGUUGUGGAGGAUUGCCACUUUCAAUUGUUGCUGUGGCAGAACUUUUAUCGAGGAUUCCUAGAACUCCAAAGUUGUGGCAGCAAAUUGAAAUAAAUGAUGGGCAGUUGGGAUCAGUAUUAUCUUUGAGUUACAACCACUUGGCACCACAUUUGAGGAAGUGUUUCUUGUAUAUGGCAGCCUUCCCUCAGGAUUAUGAGAUUCGUGCUUCUGAACUCGUUAAACUUUGGGUAGCUGAGGGCUUUAUGAUAGAGCAAAAUAAAUCUAAGAGCAUAGAAGUGGCAGCUGAGGAGUGCUUGGAGAAUCUGAUCAAGCAAAGUCUAGUUUUGAUCACUAGCCGGAAAAGUGAUGGCAAAAUCAAAUGUUGCAGAUUGCAUAGUAUGGUGCGCGACUUUUGUGUGAGACAGGCCGGGCAAGAGAAGCUCCUUCUUUCUGUUAUGGACUACUUCCCUACUCCUAUCUUGAGAAGGCAUUUUCUUCCACAAGUCCUCCAAAAUCUUCACCGCAAAAGUGUUAGUUGGCAUGAUCUACAACUUAGAAACUCUAUGCAUAGCUCAUGCACCACUUCUGUUAUAUGCAUCCCACAAAGAGGGUAUAGGCCCAAAGGCUCUGUAAAGAACUUUACCUCACUUAGGGUUCUUCAUCUUUUACGUAGAAACGGUUAUGCAUAUUGGGAGCUAGGUCAAGUGUUUGAAUUGAUUAAUCUCACUCACCUUGCUUCCACCAUGCCCAAUGGUAUUGUUCCUCCAGCUAUAGCAAAGCUUCAGAAUCUGCAAAGUUUAAUUAUUUAUGGAUCUGAGGUUCAUUUGCUUGUGGAGAUUUGGAAUAUGAGGAAGUUGAGGCAUCUUAUCGCCUUCUCAUUUCAUCCUUUACUCCUUCCCGAGGGAGCAACUCUUUCUCUAGAUAACUUAAACACGCUUUCUAUGGCAACAAACUUUGUAUGUAGUAAAAGGAUGGUGGAUACGAUCCCAAGCAUAAGAAAGUUGGGAAUAUGCUACUCUGAAGAGAACUUUCGUGUAGGUCACCAUCUUGACAAGCUUAAACAUCUAUAUCAGCUUGAGAAGUUGAAAUUGGAGAUGCAUAGUUCAUUUGUGCCACGUCUGAAUCCUAUUUUUCCUAUGUUUCUGAAAAAGUUAGAAUUGAGUGGCAGGUGGAUUUCUUGGAAAGAUAUGAAAAUUGUUGGUUCGUUGCUAUUGAACUGGGAAUUGUAUUUCAUUGAACUGAAUUGA